AUAUACAUUUUCAGCAAUAGUAUUCAAUUCGAUGAGGUGUUGACAAAGGGAACGUGUUGUUGAAGGGACAAUCUCAAAAACCUUUCUUCCUCGUACCCUUACCUCUUCCUCCUUCAAUCUCCUUUUCAAUUUCCCAAAAUCCUUAGUUGGAGGAAGAGAUGGUUCUGUCUCAGAAGCUUCACGAAGCUUUCAAAGGCACCGUCGAGAGGAUCACUGGCCCGCGAACCGUUUCCGCCUUCAAAGAAAAGGGUGUUCUCAGUGUCUCCGAGUUUGUUACCGCCGGCGAUAAUCUCGUUGCCAAAUGCCCCACCUGGUCCUGGGAAUCGGGUGAGCCAGGGAAGAGGAAGCCAUACUUGCCACCUGAGAAACAGAUAUUGAUCACUAGAAACGUGCCUUGUCUUCGGAGGGCUGCAUCUGUUGAAGAAGAAUACGAAGCUUCCGGAGGGGAAGUUCUGCUUGAUGGUGAUGAUAAUGAUGGCUGGCUAGCAACUCAUGGGAAACCUAAAGAAAACAAAUCUGAUGAGGAUGAUAAUUUACCUUCCAUGGAAAGCCUAGAAAUCAGCAAAAAGAGUUCUAUUAAGCAAAUUCCUUCUUACAUGGGAGCUGAGGAUGACGACGAUAUUCCGGAUAUGGCAGACUUUGAUGAUAAUUGCAAUGUUAUCGAAAAUGAUCCUGCCACUCUUCAGUCCACGUAUCUAGUAGCUCAUGAACCUGAUGACGAUAAUAUUCUACGAACCCGAACUUAUGAUGUCAGCAUCACGUAUGAUAAAUAUUAUCAAACACCACGAGUAUGGCUUACUGGGUAUGAUGAGGCAAGAAUGCUUUUGCAACCAGAACUUGUCCUUGAAGAUGUUAGUCAAGACCAUGCUCGCAAAACGGUAACAAUUGAAGACCAUCCUCACUUGCCUGGGAAGCAUGCAUCUAUUCAUCCAUGUCGACAUGGAGCAGUGAUGAAGAAAAUCAUUGAUGUCUUGAUGUCACGUGGGGUUGAGCCUGAAGUUGACAAGUACCUAUUCUUAUUCCUAAAAUUUAUGGCUUCUGUAAUUCCAACAAUUGAGUACGAUUACACCAUGGACUUUGAUCUUGGUAGCUCCAGCAAUUGACCAAGAGCCUGUAUAUUUGCAAUUGGAGAUUAUGGAUCAGAAAGCUGGGGAUAGCAGCACUGUGAAGAAAAUAAAUUCAGCUUGUGAUGUUGAGGCUUUAAAAAAGUGUUUGGAAGAGAACAAGGGAGAUUAUGUCAAAUGUCAGACACAGAUUGAGGCUUUCAAGUCAUCAUGUUCACUCAAAAAACCAAACCCCUCUCUUGAUUCUUCUUCACGUUAGAUCAAGUUUGAUGGUUCUGAUUCUUGAGUUGAUUUCUGGUUGUACCGUCUUAUGGUAAAGGGAUGAUUAUGAACUGAACUUUAUGUCUUUCCCGAUGAUAUUCCUCAGUUGUAUCAAUAUUUAAUAAUAAUAAUAAUAAUCGUGAUAGAAUGAUUUGAUUAUUA